AUGUCUCGGGCGAUGAACCCCUUUCCUGUCACGGCUGUUCCAAAAUUGCAGGUCAAGUCGCAAAUGUUGACCAUAGAAUUCGGUGGAGCGAAUAUUGGGAACUUGACUAAAGAGUGCGACCAUAUGGUGAGACAAAGAAACUCACCGAAGGUGGCCGUGGAGAAGGUCGGAGUGCCGUCGAUGAAAUUCUUGCUGCCGGAGAUGAUGGUGGCUUCCUUCCCGUCGCCGUACAUCGUUACGUACCAGUGGUGCUUGUCGAUCACCACGUUUUCCGUAUACUUGCCGGCCUUCACAUAUAUUACGAAUCUAAAUUUGCUCUUCUUCGGAAUUCUCUCCACCGCCUCUUUCACCGUCCUCACAUCUCCGCUCCCAUCCCUCGCCACCGUCACGUUCGGACGCGGCGGCUUCGCCGCGGCCAGCAUCCUCCGGUCCUCCUCCGCCACCCAAGCCGGAAAAUCCUCCUCCGCCGCUAGCAGGCGGCGGUGGCCGCCGAACGGGAUCUUGAAUUCGCCGAGCAACGAGAGAAACUUCGACACGAUGGCCAGGCUGUUGCUCGCGAACUCCGCCGCGUCCAUCGACCGGUUCCGGACCUCGCCGGCGAAGGCGGCGCCGGCCUCCUCCAGCGCGUCCAGGCACGUCUCCUGGUCCGUCACCACCGAGCUCAGCCACGUCCGCAUGUCGCCGACAGUCUCCGACGAGAACAGACCGCCACCGUCGGAGACGGCCGCGGCCGCCGCGUCGUUGAGGAAAUCGACGGCGUCGUCCAGGACGGCGCCACAGACGCUAGCUGCGGCCUUCACGAGCGGAUCCGACGAGUUCGCGGCGUACGCGCCCGGGAGCGUCGAUGCCCUCCGCAGCGCGUCGGCAGCCACCGUCAGCGAGAAUCUGAAGAUCUUCGCCGGAUCUGAUGAGUUGGCUCCGGAAAGGCUGGCGGCGCACGCUUCCGGGUACUGA